GCAAAGCCCGGAAGUCAUUUUUGUGCUUUGACGAAUUAUAUUAUUCGAAAAAUCUCCAUAAAAGCCUCGCGCAGUCUUUGCUCAGUUCAGUAAUUUCUUUCUGUCCUGUUUUCUGAGUGAUAUCUAUCAACACUAUCAAAUAUCACUUUUUGCAUCAUCAAUUUUGUCAUUUUUUCAUCGACCAAUUAAAGCUCAUCACUGCGUCAUUAAUUAAACGAGACCAUCUACUCUAAACUAUCUUCGCUGUAUUUGUAACUGCUAAACAAUCUACGACGAAACUGCCCAAAAUGGAGAUCGGACAAACCGCGUCAUUGCUUCCUCUUUUCAUCUGCCUGUGUGCUUUGUUUCUGAUCCCCAGCUCAUCUAUGCCGCUGAGUCGAGAGGACAUUUUCAAGUACAACACAAUGGCACAAAUGAUGGACAGUCAGCCGCGCCUCGAUUACUACCACUAUAUUUACAAACCAACCCUAUACACUCCGAUGGGCUUCAGUAGUAACGCUAUGAACUACAAGAGGUCGUCAUGGCUCCCCGAACUGCCCUACGAACCCACACCUUACUCCUACCUUCAGAGCAUAGCCGAACGAAAUGCAGACAUAGGUAGUUUCUCAAAUUUCGGCCAACUCUCUAAGAGGUCUUCGCGGCCAUUUGACAUCGAUUUCGGCGGGAUCUCUAAGAGGUCUUCGCGGCCAUUUGACAUAGAUUUCGGCGGUAUCACUAAGAAGUCUUCGCGGCCAUUUGACAUCGAUUUCGGCGGAAUCACUAAGAAGUCUUCGCGGCCAUUUGACAUCGAUUUCGGAGGGAUCUCUAAGAGGGCGUCUUCGCGGCCAUUUGACUUCGACUCUCUCAGCUCCCUAUUCGGCAACAAGUUCACGGGAUUGGCCGACGAGAAGCGAUCAUGGCCAGACGCAGAGUACAUCGGUGACAACUACCUGAACGGGGGGUACUUUGGCUUCUGGGAACAAUAACAUCACUGUCGUUUAAAUCCAUGAUGACUAAAGCCAGCGCUUUGAAGCUCGUCCUUAAUUUUCUCAAGAUUCUAAAAUUCACGAACGCAAUAGCUUUGAAACGUUGAAUGUGCCUGAAGAUUAAAGAGAUCAAGAUAGCGGAAACGAAAAUAAUUUUUGAGUCAACAGGAAAGGUUUUAGUCAUUUUUUGUGUCUGCUAUAGGUGACGUUUCAUAUAGUAUACAUGUCAUUCAGUAGAAAACCAUUGAGUAUAAUUUUCGGUUUUUUAACGAACAAAUUUUCUCCAAUUUGCUGAUUUUCAGUAAUCUGAACGGAUUUCCGUUCUGAAAACAGAGCUCGACCGAAAUGAAAACUCUAAAAUUGCGUAACGCUAAAAGUUAUGAUAAGUAUACGCAAUGUUACGUCACCCUGCUAUCCUUUGCAUCUGCAUGAUCGCCGAGUUCGCACUUCAAUCGCUUCCCAUUUGAAAUUAUAUUUAACACCCGAUUUUACACUUUGUAAAAUUGAAAAUUUAAUUCUUGGAGCCA